AUGCUUAAAAUUGAAAACAUCAUCAUCAACAACCACAUCAACAACAUUAACAACAACUACAACAUCAACAACAAUAGCAUUAACAACAACAACAUCGAGAACCAAAACAAUGAGGAUCUCUAUACAGACGGAGUCUCGUUGUUCAUUCUCAACGCCUCACUUCUACACAUUGGCCACUAUAUUGCUAUCAUUAAACGAAGCAAUAAUUUCAGCGGCACUAACAAAAAUGACAUUAACAACAACAACAACAUAGUGGAAAAAGUUAUCAGUACCAGCAGCAACAACAGCAUGAACAACGACAACUCCAUAAAUAACCACAAUAUGGAUAAAAGCAACAAAACCAACAACAAUAACAGCUACAACAUCAAAGAAAACACCAGGGAGAUAAUUUAUGACAACAUUAUUAAAGGAAUUUUGUUUAUACGCCAUAGCAACAGUAAAUACAACGAAAAUAAUAACAACAACAAUAAUAAUAAUAAUAUAAACAACAAUAUCUUCGGUAACCAAGACAACGACGCCAUAAUCGGCCAGUGCUCAAUGAAUCUACUUGUCACAAGCGAUAUUAAACGCGAAUAA